AUGGAUGAUCCAAGCGUUACAGGUAAAACAUUUUUAUAUAAAGCAUUGCUAAGUGCUGUAAGGUCUCAAUAUGCAACCGCUUUGGCAACUGCAUCUUCUAGAGUAGCUGCAUCCCUUCUAUCUGGAGGUAGAACUGUUCAUUCGAGGUUUAAAAUUCCUUUGGAAAAAGUAGGUGAAAUAAGUUGCUCUGUUAGUAAACAAUCUGCUUUAGGAACAUUGUUGAAAAUGUACAAGUUAAUAAUUUGGGAUGAAGCUCCUAUGAUAAAUCAGUGUGCUGUUGAGGCUGUGGUUAAAAUGUUAAAAGAUAUUAACGAUUGUAAUUUGCAUUUCGGUGGUAAAGUAAUAGUUCUUGAGGUUGAAAAUAUGAAAGCAAAGCUUGAUCCUACUUCUUCUGAUUACUUGUUAAGAAUUGGAAACGGAACAGAGCAACAACAUUCUUGCAAUUGCAUUCAGCUUCCAAGUAAUAUAAUUGUACAGUUUGAGAAUGAAAUAAAAUCUUUAAAAACUUUAGUACAUUAUGUUUUUCCAAAUAUAAAAGCAUAUGCUGACAAUUUACAUACGAUGGCAAAUCGAGUCAUUCUUACGUCUAGAAAUGAAUGUGUUGAUCAUAUUAACAAGAUUUUGUUAGAACAGAUUCCUGGUGAAAUUUUUACAUACUAUAGCUUUGAUGAAACAAUCAAUAAAUCAGAACAAAACUUUGUUGUAGUUAUAAUGCUUUGGCCUUAA